CAGAGCAGUUGGCGAUUUGUGUACAUGUUAGAAAACUCCCUACACCUCUCUUGCCUCUCCAGCUCACUUUCGUCCUUUGACACCUUCCCUAAAACCUUCCUCUUUGGCUGAGCAUUCGCUAGUCUGACCUCGUACCUUCUCAUGCUCUGUUUUAUUAUACUCCACUGAAGCAUCCUGAGACACUGAAGGCUCUGAAUUAGAAACCUGACAACAAUGGGCUCAAAACCGUCAAAGGUCAAAAGUAACUUCCCGUUCCUUCGUGACGAUGGCACGGUCAAGACAAUUAAAGAAGCCCACACCGUCUUCAUUCUGCGUGGUCUGCCUGGCAGUGGCAAGUCAACCCUCGGCAAAGUAAUCACCGAUUUUUACCACGGAUCCUCGGCCUGCACUUUCCCUGAGCCUUUGAAGUUUCCUCCCAGGGUGGACGAGGACGAGGCUGACCCUGAGCGGUACGCCCAGGUGGAUGAGGAACUCAAAAGGAGCUUUAAGGAGAAUAAAAACGUCAUAGUAGUCGAUGACAACCACCUCUCUGCCAAACGGCUGGACCGCCUCACCAGCCUGGCCAGAGACAACGACUACAUUGCCCUCAUCGUCAGCCCGAAGACACUGUGGAGGAACGACUGCGAGAAGCUUGCGAAACAAAACCAGUGGAAACUAAGCGUGGAACAGUUGAGCAGCAUGAAGCAAAGCUUUCGGGCCUACAUCAUACCGUAUUUCUUUGGCUGGUUCUUGCUGAGGAGGAGUGCCCGGGAGAUGCGCGAGAAAGCGGAAGAUUUUCUGAAUCAACUGAGCAACUCGGAGGUGUUUUUGAAAGAGUUUGUCAGCUAUGUGGAAUGUCAAUCCAAAGAGAAAUUCGAUCUCCAGGAAUACUUCCAGAAGAGGCCGAGAGUACUGCACUGUACAACAAAAUUCUGUAAUUAUGGAAAAGAUCCUGGCUGUGAAGCCUACGCUGAGAGUGAGGCUGUUGAAGAUAGUUAUUCAAAGGCCUACACCCUGAAUGUGGUGGCCCUGUUUGUCACCCCCCGAACGCUGGGAGCCCGUGUCCUCCUGAACAAACACCAGGAAGUGCUGUGGCCGAAGGGACAAGAGAGAGACGAAGGCGAGGACAGUACGGAGAAGGCUGACCUGCCCUUAGGUAGCAGGGCCCACAUCACCUUGGCAUGCGCUCCUGGAGUGAAGGCAGUUCAGACCGGUUUAGACCUGCUCCAAAUCUUAAAGCUUAUUGAGGAGGGUAAACAGCCCACAUUCCAGGUGGAUUUGCAGAAAGGCCAGCUCUGCUGCUACGGUGAGGGGCAGUGCAUUCUCAACCUGACCAAGCCAAUUGAAGUGAAAACCAUCUUUUCUGGUUUUUACCCCAAAAAACCAGAGCCCUUUGCUGAAUCAGCGGGGUGCUAGAGAACCAGGCAGCCAGAUAUGAAGCUUCAAUUUGAAUGAAGAGUGAAAGUUAAAAUAGAUCGUACUUUAGAUAUGAUCAUAUUCAAACACAUGGAGGUGGUACAGUUUAAUCAAAGUAAAUCAACCCAACAGUUUCCUACCUUUCUCUAAAAUGUUUAUGAUUAUUCAUACAGGAUUUUGUUUUCUUUUACUAUGUCUGGCUGUAAUAAUAACCAUUUGCCUAAUGUUGAAUGCCAACUCUUGUGUGUUAUCUGAUGAAGUCAGUUGGAUUUGGUUACUGCAGCGUGUGGGUGCCACUGAUGUGAUUUGUACCAGGUUUGAUGUUGUGCUCACACAGAGUUAGUGGCUAAGCUGUGGCGGUACUGCUGCCUAUUGUUGGGGAGAGUGCACCUAAACAACUGAGGGUCCCCUUCCUAAGAAUGAACCCUCAAGAUUUGUUCCAGAUCAAUUGGGAAGCGAUCAGUCCAGAAUUGAAAAGGCUGGCUUCCUUUAUAUAGGCAGCAUGUUGUUGUAACGGAGUGAUUUGUGCCACCACAUUGCUUUUUCUUAAAAGUUAAAACAGCACAAACGUUUCAAUAAAGGAAAUGGAACUGUUA